AUGAAACGACACAAGGCAGAGGACGAGGAUGGGGGAGAGGACGAGGGAGAGGGCGUCGGGAGAGGGCGUCAGGCGAGGCAAGAGGAGGAGCGACUGUUGUUGAAAUUGCACUCGCACAGACAUAAGAGGUUACUUGUGAGGGUCAGACGUUCAAGGUUGUUUCCACUUUCUCAUAUUAUUUCUUCAUACUGCAACAAAGAGUUACUGUUUGCCUUUAUGGAGAGGUGGCAUUUGGAGACGAAUAGCUUUCACUUUCAAUUUGGGGAGAUGACUAUUACACUGGAUGACGUGCCGCAGCUUGUUGGACUUCAAGUGGAGGGGUUAGCUAUGCACAUAGUGGAUAAGAUGAGGGAGGAGUGUUUUGCAAUGGAAACUUUUAGUGAAGUGCUAGAUGGGGACUCGGAGGAAAGGGUUAAUUGUUGCGCAUGGGCUUACUUGCUCUAUCACUUUGGCAGCACUCUAUUUGCUAACAAGACUGGGAGGACGGUUUCUGUUCAGUUCCUCACUCUUUUGGAGGACUUGGGACGAGUUCGCGACUAUGCUUGGGGUGUAGGAGGGUUGGGCCAUUUGUACAGACAACUUGGACAAGUAAGCAGACGUAAUUACAAGCAGCUGAGUGGCUACACGUUUUUGUUGGAGCGUUCGCCAGUUCUAACCACGAAUAGCCUUGAAACUUUGCCAGCUUUACGGCCAGGACUGGUUGAUGGAGUAUGA